CCCUGCCAAUCGCUCCUUCCAUUGUUGCCAUUGACACCCUCUCGCGUUUGCUUCUCCAUUCUGUUUACACGAACCGAAGGUGCUUCUCAGCGACGUUUGCCCGUUUUUCGCUCGAUUAAGAACAAAGUACAUGUGACCUUUCAUUGAAUCUAACAGGCUUUUUUCGUUUUUUUGUUAAACUUGACAUAACCGAGUCCAGCCUGUCCCCAAUGCCAGCUCCAGCUACACUUUCAGCGAGCAAAUGUACAGCCUCGAGCUCUAGAAUGCUCGUUUAUAUUGGCUGCAGGGGUCCUCAAGGGGUCUUGUCGAUUACCGGCAAACGAACACCCUGCUCCUCCUCCGCCUGGCAACGACAGCAACAGCAACAGCGACGUCUCGGACACUCUUGGAUUUCAGGACACCCUCGCAGCAUCCUCUACAAACCGUCCACUGCUAAUAACAAGGCUAGCAGUGCUGGCUAUACCGGUGGAAUGAGCGGUUGCAAUUCAGGAAUCAGCGGAUCUCCCUCGAACGGUGCUAGUAACAGCAGCAGCGGGAACUUCUCUACGUUCCUAGACUUUGCGGGCAAUGGUCGGUACCAGGCGUACAAUCUCGCGCGAUUCUCGACCUUUUCGGCGGUAUCCUCGUCUUCAUCCUCAUCAUCUUCAUCACCGACUUCGUCGGCCCCGUCAAACCAAGAUUCGGGUGUCGCUGGCUCCUCCACGAGUUCCCAUACGGAUAGAGCCCAUUCAAACUCCGCACCAGCAGAUGCACAGUCACCAUCAUCAUCAUCACCGUCAUCGUCAACUUUAUCCACACCACCAUCGCCUGUGCCGUCUUCUGGAGCAGGACUCUCGACGUCAACAACAGCGCUCUCUUCCAAAAACUCUCAUAAUGACAAGGAAGACAAGGAAAACAAGGAAGAUAAAGAGGAUGAUUGGGCUGUCAACGAGAGCUAUUCUGGACACGGCGGACACAGCUUUACAUCAUCCACCACCGAACCGUCGGACGCGUCUUCGUCCUCAUCGGUAAUAGUCCCCUCGAGCUCAAGGAUAUCUGGUAGAUUCUCUCAUAAUAACGAUAGUGAUGCAAGCUAUGAGCAGUCCCGGACCGCACUAGCGCCUUCGCUGUUGUCGCCCAAAAGUCCAGAGGCCAUUGAAGCCUCAUGGCGUCGUACAUCCGAGACAUUACCUUCUGUAACAAGUCCGCCUCUGAACUCCAUCUUGUCACCGGGUUCUGCAAAUAAGGCUGGCGGUCUAGAUCUGAGCUCGAGCACUUUGGUCCAGCAGAUGCUCUUUAAGGAGCGGGCACCGCACGCCGAUAACCCUGAGAGCGAGAAUAAUGACGAGAAGCAAUCAGACGAAGGUAUUCUGCGUAUGCGUUAGAAAAUGGCUUGGCCCGCGUAGAUCAGUCCGUACCUGUAGCACCAGCAAGUCCUUCUUUGACCUCCAUGAUGUUGAAUCAGAGUAGCGUGGACAAGUCAUCAUCUGGCAAUGAAGUGAUUUCCUCUCAGACGACCAAACCUAAGACCGCGGCGAACGCUGCUGGCGCACAGGAGGAGGAAGACCAUAUCUCCAAGCUGGAUAUCAGAGUCGGAAUUGUCCGUUCGGUCUCAGCGCACCCUG